AUGAAGUCAUUCAAGAAAAUAUUGUUUUUCGUAUUCUUAAUUCAUUUGACAUUAGAUGUUGAAGCCUUUUGUAAAAAUUACGGAAAGAUUUGCCCCGAAGAAGCUCCAUGUUGUAACAAAGGCUGGUGUUCUAACGACCCAAAAUUUUGUUCAAAUGGAUGCGAACCUCAAAAUUCUUUCAAUGAAAAAUCGUGUUACCCGAAACCACCAUGCAGAAAUUUUGAAGAUGAUUUCUCAAAGAAUAGAUUAGUGAAUGCUAAUGAUUACGAUGGGAACCCUAAAUCAGCAGAUUGGACAUCGGACUUUUCACCAGAUUAUGCUCGUUAUGAAAAUGGUAAUUUAGCAUUAGAUUUAAAAUUGGAUAAAACAAAGAAAAAUAAUCAAGGAAAUUAUCAAGGUUUUGGUGCCACGGUUAGUACCACGUUCUUUAUGCUAUACGGUACCGUUACGGCUCGUAUCAAGACCGCGUCAACUUCCAAGGGCGUAGUUACAUCAAUGGUGGUAUCAAAUAACACGAUCAAUUCUAUUGGAGAUGAAAUUGAUUAUGAAUGGGUCGGACUUGACCGAACUGAAGUUCAAUCUAAUUUUUAUUGGAAUGGUACAUUGGAUUAUACAAAAGGUGCUCAUCAUAAAGUUGGCGUUGAUACGACAACCGAAUAUCAUAAUUACACCAUCGAAUGGUUGCCUGAGACACUUACUUGGAUGAUCGAUGGUAAACGUAUUAGAACCGUUACAAAAGAAUCAACUUGGGAUGCGGCCGCUAAAGUAUAUAAAUAUCCGUCCGUUGAUUCAAGAGUUUCUUUCUCAAUUUGGGAUGGUGGUAUGGGUCAACCAGGAACCGUCGAAUGGGCAGGUGGGCCAACUGAUUGGUCAGUUGAAAAUAAAGCUUACACCAUGUAUGUGGACUCGAUUAGCGUAACAUGUAAAACACCAGGUCCAGAUAAUUAUGUUUGGCCACCCGAAGGUUAUGGACCAUCAAAAACUCAAAACUUAGAAGGUACCAAGCCAGCCUAUACAACUUUGGGAGAAGGCCAGCCUUUAAAAACAGGAAAUGCUGAUGAUCCCGCAAUCAUUGGUGGAACUUCUGCAACUGAUUAUAAUGGAAGCCAAUUAAAGAAAUUUGCUGUACCAAUUGGUAUCUUAUCUGGUUUAGUACUUGGUUCCGCUGCUGUAUUUCUUAGUUGGAGAAUGUGCUUUAAGCCAUCAAAAAAUGUUACUCCAUACGGAAAAGCAUAA